AAAUUCAUAAUGUUCGUUCGUCGUAUGUCACUUCGUAAGCAUCGUUUAUCCUCAGACAAAAAUAAUUUUAGAUAUAGAUACUAAGUGCUCGUUUAAAAGUUACAUCCGUGUUGCAUUUAAGCAGUAUAAUAAGUGAUGUUACAAAAGUGUGCCUGAAACAUUGGUGACUAAAGAUAAAGAUACCGUUUUUUCUUUGACCUUUUUACAGUCUGAAGUGUCAAUAUGGAUCCUAGUAUAAUGAAAAAUACAGUAGCCUAAAGACACCGACUACCUGUUUUAUUGAGUGGUUUUACAAUGGAGCCGAAAAGGGCUCCGCCAUAAAAUUAUUUGUAACCAUUAUAUAGCCCGCCAUAAAAUCAUUAUAAUUGAUGUCGGUGCAUAGAAAGCGUUCAGUUGAGGAUGGUGAAAUGUUUGGAGGUAGGAGUGAGGAGGCGGAGCAAUGAUCUCAGGGAGGACAGAGAUGCUAGGUGGAGUCGUCACGCCACCGUCGGUGGAUCGCCGGUCGCGUGCAGCUAGUGAGCAGCUGGCGGGUGCGGAGUGUGAUGACUGUGGAGGAUGUCAGGCAAGCCCGCGAGUGUGGCCGCGUCGCGGGCGGGCGUGGCUGGAGCGCCGCGCGUGCUGCUGUACGUUGCGGAGCGCCAGCUAGAGCACGCCGCCGCGGGCCCCGACCUGCCGCCCGCGAGCACCCCUUACGAAGCACUAUACGACAUACCCAAUCAAAUCCCCCUGCCAAGAUCGGUUUAUAGAAGUGAUCAAAAUGACCAUAGGAAUACUUCGGGUGUUAAUUACAAGUCAUUCAAUGAUGACACCAAAUGUACAUUCGAAGAGAAUGUUACCCAAAGUACUGAAUUCUAUAAUGUACCUCCACAGUUUUUAAAAGAGCCACAUAAAGAUGAUAAAUUGGUCGAGAGGCAGGUCAGUGUAAAGAGAGAAUGUCCCAAUCCAAUCCCAACAGAGUAUAGUGUAGAGACAUUCCAGGGUAGGGUAUCUGAGGCUGGGGAGAUAGCAACAUAUCAGAGAUGUUCCAUAAAUACAGAUAAUAUGCCCUCCAUGGUUCCGAUAGCGCUCCGUCAUAAUCAAAAUAAUUUUGAAGGUGCAUUACAAGAUAGUGAUGGUACAAACUGUGGUGAGAGGGAGAUUUCUAUGAGUAAGGGUUAUGUGAAUUAUCAGUUUUUAGAACAAAGUGCAUCACACCAGUCUAUUGUAAAUCAGAGUAUAAAUAUACUGAAUCAGCAAGUGGGUGUGAAUAGGACAAUAGUCAGUGACGGGGAGAGUAGUGGUGGUCCCCAGCUGGUGCGGACUCCGGACGGUGUGGUUCUGGCGGUACUGCCGUCGUCUGCUCCUAGUGCUGGUGACACUACGGAGCUUAGGACUGGGCAUGGUGAAUUACCACAAACUAUAACUGUGCCAUUGGGAUGGAAACGGAUUGUGAGUGGUUCUUCAGUUAUGUACCUUAGUCCCAGCGGUACAGUGCUGAGUGCUCUCUCCCAACUCCGAGAGUACCUACAAACGGCGGGGACGUGUAAGUGCGGACUGCCUUGUCCGCUCAGACCUGAGACCGCUUUCAGUUUUGAUCCAAAGGUGGUUAGCAAACAGUAUCAACCGGCGUCCGGGGCGGAGUUGACGAAGCUGUGCAACCACAAGCGGAAACUGCUGGCGACGCUGCAGACGCGAGCGCAUUCGCCCGCCACGCCGCCGCCGCACCCGCCACAACCCCACCAUAACAUGGAACAAAAGAAAGGUGCAGAAUUAGGAGGUAAGAAGAAGACGAAGAAAAGAGCUGGUUACAUAUCGAACGUAAACAUUUCCCCACUACUGGUGCAAAAGGAUAAACCCCCCGGCGACUUUAAGAAUCAAGAGAUCGAGCAAAAGCGUACUGUGUCUCCGGGCACAAUAGUGCAGCGCGGCGGCUGCGGCGUACAGCAAUGCCCGCCCGGUUACAUGCAGCAGAAUAUGCUCAAUGUAGUCGGACAAGAGGGUGAUUACAAGCAGGAAACACUCAUACAGAGGAGCCUACACUAUCUCACCGUUAACAACGGCUGGAUCACUCAACAGUCGGACAAUGUCGAACCUCAUAAACACAACCAAAAUUCUAUCAACAACUCUAUAAAUGUCGGAUUGCCAGUAUUAGGCACUAAUGGACAAAUAAUAGGAGUAAAUACAGGAUUCAAUAAGCAAACUACUAAUCCGAAGAAUAUAAUUAGUAUUACUUCACAGAAUAUGAUUGAACAAGAUCACAAAGAUGAUAAGAAGGACAUGUAUUCGCAUUUGCAUCAAGUCAGGCAACAGAAUAAAGAUGACGACUCGCAAGUUUUUUGCGGUUUGAAUCAAGCGUUAACGCCAGAAGUGAUGCAGAAAAUAAACGAGCAACAACAGAUAUUCAUACAACAGAAUCAAAAGCAAAUAGAAAUGGCCAUGAAAGGCUUCAAACCACAAUUAGCCGAUAAUGGCACCAACAAACAGCAAGGGCAGUACGUUCCACAAAGCCAACUGGUGAUACAGAACGGAGCGGUAGUAAAAACUAAUUCAGCCAAGACACCGCCCUGGCAAGUGAAGAGAAACGAUCCUAACGCUUCGAUGACGAGUCCCAGCCCUAAACCUCAAAAGAUGGAAAAUAUAGAAUACGAUGAACAAAGCGCAAACACUAUCGAUGAAUCGUCAAAAACAUUCAAUUCGUUCCCAGGGCAAGAGAAUAUGUCCCAGGCAAUGUGCCCGCGCGUGCCGCCUCUGCCUCAGCACUACAACAUGAUGAGCCAGCAAUGGCCUGGAGUUGAACUUACUAAGAAAAAAGCGAAAGGCAACAAUAAAGCGCCUAAAAAGAAAUUUACCGCAAAUGAAAACAAAACGAUGUAUGGGAACAACGGCGUGAGAUAUAUUCAAGAAUCAAAAGGUAAUAAAACAUGUGAAGAUGUAGCAAUGAACAAUGUUCCUUCUUUCAUGGAUGAUCCCAACGGAUAUUUAGCGCAGCAAACUGUUUUACUAAACAAUACUAUUUCAAAACAAGUCGGAAUCAGUUCAUCCUAUGACAGUUCUCAAUAUGAGACUUCUACCAAUUCAUACAGUUCUCACAGUCAAACCGAUAAACAUGGCAAACCAGUCAAUAAGUCAUGUGAAAUGAUUAACAUAUUCAAAAAUAAUAUGGUGCCAAAUUCGUCACCCUCGCCAAAUAACACACCGGACAGCAGCUUAAUACCGGAAAAAGCUGCAGAGAACACAUUGUCACAGUGUUGUAAAGGAUGUAAUAAUCCCUAUAAGGGUAAUUGCCCGGACUAUCAUGAAAAUAAUAUGAGGGCAAAAUAUAUAAAGCAUAACAUGUCCUCAAUGGAGUUAGAUCCGAGUACUUCUAGUCCUAAACAUGGAUUCGAUGACAAUCCAGUAACGUCGUCGACUUUUAUCGAGCGAAAUUUGAUUAUAAAUGAACACAGCGGGCCGAUUCAAGCCGGCGUCGUCAGUACUAGCAACGUGUCGCCCACCGAGACGUUGCAGCCGCCGGAGCCUUCGCCCACGCUCUCUAACAGCUCUAGAAGUACGGACACGCCGCACAGUGGAGGAAGUAGUGCUCAGGUGCAGAAUAACUGCACAUUCCCGAUGCCGAGCCCCGCGUACCCCGGCUCCUGCAGGGACAGCGCCAACAGCAAUCCCCCCACCCCCAGCAGUAGCAACGCCUAUCCCUACAACUCCCCCGGACCGCCUCCCGGUAACUCGGCGCUCGGCACGCAGAUGAUGCACUUCAUAUCUAACCACAAUGUGAACAAGAACCUCAUGGAAGUCGAUAACAUAUCAAUGGUGGGGGUCAAGCCGAGUUUACGGACCCAGCAGGACCUGUACAGGUUGGAGCCUCGCAAGCGAUCGGAGAACUCGAUGCCGGGCUACUGCCCGCCUCCUCACUUGGGUGGAGGGCCGGCGCAUUCUCUUAUACAAGCGUGCUACGUCCAGACUUUUGUUACUACAAUGGCUAGUGGAUUCUCCGUCACCAGAGAUACGGUUACUUCCGUUUUAGCUGGGAAAGCGAAUACCGCAACGACGUCGAUCAAUGCGUCGCAGGCAAACUUUGUCCGACCGCCGCCACCUCCCAGCGUUAACCUGGCCACCACGUACGCCAUUCCUACCAACCAACCUGAUCCGUUCAUUAACUCUGUCAAUUUACCUACGAGCUAUCCGUUGCAUAUCGCCGGUACCACCGCGCAGAAUAUGAUAUCGAAAACGCCCUUGGAAAUGGUCCAGAAUGUUAUCAGCAGUUUGCCUUCAAAAUCAGAGGCGAGCAACACGCAAUCUACAACAUUGACACAAAUCGGAAGAAGAACGGGUCCGACGACACCGGGACAUAUACUGAUAUCAUCUACGGGUCAAAUAAUUGUCUCCAGCAACCACAUGCCCCCACCACCGCCAAAAACUACGACGGCAGUAUCUCCCAUACAAGUUUCCAGUGCCGUCACCAACGUGACUACUUCUGUAUCGCAAGUUGUGCCCGCCGUGGGCAACGUGCAGCCAAUCGUCAACCAGCCCACGGUCGUUGUCAACACGUUGCCGGCGCCGUUUGUUCUCCAGCCACCAAUGAUGGCUGUCGACGGACAAGUGAUGCAACCUAACGCGGUGAUACCUCAAAUAGUAACCGGAGGAAUCGUACCCGGACAGUCGACCGACAAUCAUCGGCAGAUAGAGGUUAAGAAUGGGCAGAGUUUCGUUCAAGGUAUGGCGAUGCUUUCGCCGGAGAGCUUGAAGAAACGAAGCAAAAAGAAAAAGAGCCAAUCGGCUAACAUAACAAAUGUGUUACAAAUAACAGCGCCGCAGCAGAAUCCUAGUAACAUAAUGGUGCAUUCGUCUCCGCAGCACAACUCCAGUCCACAGUUCUCUCCCCGCGGCUUCCAGUUGUCCCCGACGAAUAACAUUUCCCCCACUCCGAUGUUGCAAGCCUUAACUAUAGUGCCCGGGAAGUCGGGCACGCCGGCGCAUAUAGUUAUGAACGGACAAGGAAAUACUAAUAACUUUGGAUCGCAACAGAUAAUAGCGAAUACGUCGCCAUCGCAGCAAAUCAAUCUCCUGCAGCCUGUCAAUUUAAUCAACAACACGACUAGUGUCAUGUCAAACUUCCCCGCCUUCCAGCAAUUCAUCGUGCCGAAUCUCGGCGGUAUGGUGAUGACUGCGGACGGCACGACCAUCAUUCAAGACAAUUCUACGGGAAUGCCGAUGCAGUUGCAGCUGCAGACGGUGAACGGCCAGAACGUGCUGACGCCUGUACAGAACACGGGUGUAUUCGCCGCAGGCGGCAACAGCGGCGUCGUACUCCGCGCGCAGAAUCAGCAGGGAAAGUUGAUUCAGUCACAGCACAGCCCCGGCGCGCAGUUCCUCUCUCCCAACAACCAGGUCAUGAUGAGCAGUCCCAACUUCAACGGCCAGCUCAGUCCUCUCCUUGCAAAUUUGAGUCCCACAAAUGUAACCUUCAACACGAGUCCGCACCAGGUGAGGACGGGAAAUGUUCAAACGCAAGAGUUCAUACAGACCAAUCAGAUGGGUCAAACGUUAAUGGUUCCGUUAUCACCUAACAAACAGGCGUCGCUAGUUUCGGCGUCGAACAACAGAAGCAACUCGACGUUCGUGCAACAAAACACGACGAUCGUUCAGCAACAAACCACUCUUGUGUCGAAUUCACACAACGCUCAGAUGUCGUGUCAAACUAAUUUACACGGAGGCAAUUCGUCGCGCCUCAGCAUAGACCCGAGUCUGCUUCUAGCGCAUAAGCAAAUAAAUCAAAAGGGAAGAAGUUUCGUCCAAAUAGGCACGGAAAAUAAUCAAGUUGAAGAAAUCAAAGAGGACAAACAUACAUCGGCGGCCUACGGUCAGUUGCCAAACGAGCCCGAAGCUAAGAUGGACAACGAGGGAUACGUUAGAUUCAUGAACGAGUUCAAUCCUUUGUUGGGACAAGGGACGUUCAACACACACGUGCGUCACUCCGUGUCGACACAGACGUUGGUGAACCAGCAACGGGGUAAAUCUCCGAACAACCAGGCGGUGUCGGGCAGCAGUCCGCCCGACACCACCACACACAGUCCGCUGGGCGCGCUGGAGACCGCGUCCAGUCCGCGAGUGUACGGCGCGCGCUGCAUCUCCACGCAGGGCAACUACGCCGACACCACCACCAAGUCCCCGGAGCCCGCGGACAUUAACUCAUCGGGCAUGGUUCAAUGUGUGUCGAGCAGUGAGCAAGACAUAGCGGAGUCCAGAGAGCGCGGCUGGCCCACGCCCAGGCACGAUAUAAACUCCGACACUGACAAUACUAAUAUGAUAUCAAAUGUACCGAUGAUGAGACAGAACCGGUCGCAUCCUGUAGAAACAUCGGAGAUGCAUUACAAUCAAAACAUGUCCACUCCGCUUAGUCACCAGCACGUUAUGCCAAUGACGUCGAACUACUACGACAGGCAACACAAUUACAAACGGAAGAACGAAUUCGGUGACGGUUCCUCUUAUAGAAGUGAUAAAAUAAUGAGGUCCAACUAUAACAUGGUUCACGGCUUGCCCAAGGACUCCGAGUAUGAACUUGUAAGGACCUCUCCAGAGAAAUCUCAAAGACAUUACCCCAGUUCGGGGACCAGCUCGACUGCGACCAUGCAAAAAGUAUUCGAUAGACAUAAUUUAGGUUCCGGAGAUGAUUCGAAGAGCGGAGACGAGUCCGACGGGAAGGGGGGCGAGGUUAGCGAGUGCGCGCACAAGUUCGAUGUGGGGGACCUCGUGUGGGGUCCCGUAAAGGGGUACACGUCGUGGCCGGGGAAGCUGGAGGCGCGCAACGCCGACGGCAAGUGGAGCGUGCGGUGGUUCGGCGCCGACAAGACGCUCGGCUGUGUCGAUCACUCCCGCCUGCUCACACUCAGCGAGGGCCUCGAGGCGCACCACGCCGCGCGCACCAAGCACAGGAAGAGUAGAAAAUUGAAUUCGUUGCUUGAAAACGCUAUCCAAGAGGCAAUGGCGGAACUCGAUAAGAAAUGCGAUAGAUCUGGGGCAAGCAGAGUUAAUGAAGAUUCAGAUGUGGGCACAUCGAUAACGGACACGCCUAAAAGAAGCAAGAAACAUGACAAGAUCAGAAGCAAAGAGAGAUAUAGGAAAGCCCAGGCGAGGGUCGACGGGACGAGAUUGAGAAGUUCGCGAUGACAUUUGAAAUGACAGUUGUGUGUUGGUUGCAGGGAUGCCAGAGUUAAUUUUUUUUGUAAUAUGUGAGCAAAUUUCAAUGUUUGUGUUUCUUGAAGAUAUGGGGUGCUAUCGAGGACUAAAACAGCAGAAUUUUAUAUAAAUAUAUAUUUGAUUCAUAUUUAAAAAUAUGAUAGUGGAAUGUCUAUUAGGACAAUUACGUUGUGUUAUAAUUUAAGAUGGUUUAUGAUUCUGUAUAUAACUAAUGAUAGCGCACUCACUAAGGCAUUCCGUUUUUAUUUGG